AUGGUUGUUGCAGUUACUGCGUACCUGGCGCCAGGGAACCUUCAACAGCGGGUCCCUUGUUCGUGGAGAGCUCAGGGAGCUGCCCGGUGGGGCGGGGGAGCUCCUCCUCUGCAGGGAGCUCCUACGGCACGGCGCUUGGGCGUGACAUGGUCGCUGUGCACUGCAAAUUGGAGUAACAUCAUCCACCCGCACAAGGCACAGCAGAUCCAUGUACCAUCUAACACAAGCACCCACAACAUUGGUACAUCCGGAUUUCGGUCGUGGGGACGGGAUGGCUGCACUGUUGGGCCUCAUGUGCCGCUUCUGGUGCCUCGUGGCCGCAGCUGCGAGCGACCCAUGAUGGGGGAUGCUCGCUCUCCGGCGCAGCAAUGGCCUCGGGGGCCGAAUAUCAGUCGACUCCAAUUAAAGGAUUCACUGUUCUUCAGUCCUACGGGGAUGGAUGACCGAGCAACCAGUCAAAAUGCGGACGAAAAACAAGACACGAAAAACUGA